GGGGGUGUGGGGGUGGCCGGCUGCUGCAAGUGGGACGGGGUCAGAGCUCUGUGGAGGGAAGAGAAGUCUGGGGGGGCAGGCGAGAAAAAGGGAAGAAACCCAGGCCAACAGGCAGGUGGACACACUGAGGAAGGCCCCCCACAAGUGAGAGCCCCCCCAGAAAGAACACACCACCCCUGGCCCCCGAGAAGGGAGCACAAUGGAGGCCGCACACGCCAAGACCACAGAGGAGUGUUUGGCCUAUUUUGGGGUGAGUGAGACCACAGGCCUCACCCCGGACCAAGUUAAGCGGCAUCUCGAGAAAUACGGCCCCAAUGAGCUCCCCGCUGAGGAAGGGAAGUCCCUGUGGGAGUUGGUAGUAGAGCAGUUUGAAGACCUCCUGGUGCGGAUCCUUCUCCUGGCCGCCUGCAUUUCCUUUGUGCUGGCCUGGUUUGAGGAAGGCGAAGAGACCAUCACUGCCUUUGUUGAACCUUUUGUCAUCCUCUUGAUCCUCAUUGCCAAUGCCAUCGUGGGGGUUUGGCAGGAGCGCAAUGCGGAGAACGCCAUCGAGGCGCUGAAGGAGUAUGAGCCCGAGAUGGGGAAGGUCUACCGGGCUGACCGCAAAUCAGUGCAGAGGAUCAAGGCUCGGGAAAUGGUCCCCGGGGACAUUGUGGAGGUGGCUGUGGGGGACAAAGUCCCUGCAGACAUCCGGAUCCUUUCCAUCAAAUCCACCACCCUCCGGGUUGACCAGUCCAUCCUGACAGGUGAGUCUGUGUCUGUCAUCAAGCACACAGAGCCUGUCCCUGACCCCCGAGCUGUCAACCAGGACAAGAAGAACAUGCUUUUCUCGGGCACCAACAUUGCGGCCGGCAAGGCCUUGGGGAUCGUGGCCACCACCGGCGUGAACACCGAGAUCGGGAAGAUCCGUGACCAAAUGGCUGCCACAGAGCAGGACAAGACCCCUCUGCAGCAGAAGCUCGAUGAGUUCGGGGAGCAGCUCUCCAAGGUCAUUUCCCUCAUCUGCGUGGCCGUCUGGCUCAUCAACAUCGGCCACUUCAACGACCCCGUCCACGGGGGCUCCUGGUUCCGCGGUGCCAUCUACUACUUUAAGAUCGCUGUGGCCCUGGCUGUGGCUGCAAUCCCGGAAGGUCUUCCCGCUGUCAUCACCACCUGCCUGGCCCUGGGCACCCGCCGGAUGGCGAAGAAGAAUGCCAUCGUGAGGAGCUUGCCCUCCGUGGAGACCCUCGGCUGCACAUCUGUCAUCUGCUCCGACAAGACUGGCACCCUCACCACCAACCAGAUGUCAGUGUGCAAGAUGUUCAUCAUCGACAAAGUGGACGGGGACAUCUGCCUGCUGAACGAGUUCUCCAUCACCGGCUCCACCUACGCUCCCGAGGGAGAGGUCUUGAAGAAUGAUAAGCCAGUGCGGGCAGGGCAGUAUGAUGGGCUGGUGGAGCUGGCCACCAUUUGUGCCCUGUGCAAUGACUCCUCCCUGGACUUCAACGAGGCCAAAGGGGUCUAUGAGAAGGUCGGCGAGGCCACGGAGACGGCGCUCACCACCCUGGUGGAGAAGAUGAACGUGUUUAACACUGAAGUGAGGAGCCUCUCGAAGGUGGAGAGGGCCAAUGCGUGCAACUCGGUCAUCCGGCAGCUGAUGAAGAAGGAGUUCACCCUGGAGUUCUCCCGAGACAGGAAGUCCAUGUCUGUCUACUGCUCCCCCGCCAAGUCUUCCCGGGCUGCUGUGGGCAACAAGAUGUUCGUCAAGGGCGCCCCCGAGGGGGUCAUCGACCGCUGUAACUACGUGCGCGUGGGCACCACCCGGGUGCCACUGACCGGCCCCGUGAAGGAGAAGAUCAUGGCGGUGAUCAAGGAGUGGGGCACCGGCCGGGACACCCUGCGCUGCCUGGCCCUAGCCACCCGUGACACGCCCCCCAAGCGAGAGGAGAUGAUCCUGGAUGACUCCUCCAAGUUCAUGGAGUACGAGACGGACCUGACAUUCGUUGGUGUGGUGGGCAUGCUGGACCCGCCACGCAAGGAGGUCACAGGCUCCAUCCAGCUGUGCCGCGACGCUGGCAUCCGGGUGAUCAUGAUCACUGGAGACAACAAGGGCACAGCCAUUGCCAUCUGCCGACGAAUUGGCAUCUUUUCAGAGAGCGAGGAGGUGGCUGACCGCGCCUACACAGGCCGGGAGUUCGACGACCUGCCUCUGGGCGAGCAGCGGGAGGCCUGCCGCCGCGCCUGCUGCUUCGCCCGUGUGGAGCCCUCGCACAAGUCCAAGAUCGUGGAGUACCUGCAGUCCUACGAUGAGAUCACGGCCAUGACAGGGGACGGUGUCAACGAUGCCCCUGCCCUGAAGAAGGCUGAGAUUGGCAUUGCCAUGGGAUCCGGCACUGCUGUGGCCAAGACGGCCUCUGAGAUGGUGCUGGCCGACGACAACUUCUCCACCAUCGUGGCCGCCGUGGAGGAGGGCCGCGCCAUCUACAACAAUAUGAAGCAGUUCAUCCGCUACCUCAUCUCCUCCAACGUGGGCGAGGUGGUCUGCAUCUUCCUGACAGCUGCCUUGGGGCUGCCCGAGGCCCUGAUCCCAGUGCAGCUGCUGUGGGUGAACUUGGUGACCGACGGGCUCCCGGCCACAGCCCUGGGCUUCAACCCACCAGACCUGGACAUCAUGGACCGACCCCCCCGAAGCCCUAAGGAGCCCCUCAUCAGCGGCUGGCUGUUCUUCCGCUACAUGGCCAUAGGGGGUUACGUGGGUGCAGCCACUGUGGGAGCAGCUGCCUGGUGGUUCCUAUAUGCAGACGAUGGCCCUCAUGUCACCUACCACCAGCUGACCCACUUCAUGCAGUGCGCCCAGCACAACCCUGAAUUUGAUGGUCUGGACUGUGAGGUGUUUGAGGCCCCCGAGCCUAUGACCAUGGCCUUGUCUGUGCUGGUCACCAUUGAGAUGUGCAACGCUCUCAACAGCCUGUCUGAGAACCAGUCCCUGGUGCGGAUGCCACCCUGGGUAAACAUCUGGCUGCUGGGCUCCAUCUGCCUGUCCAUGUCCCUCCAUUUCCUCAUCCUCUAUGUCGACCCUCUGCCGAUGAUCUUCAAGCUCCGGGCCCUGACCGUCACGCAGUGGCUCAUGGUCCUCAAGAUCUCGCUGCCUGUCAUCGGGCUGGACGAAAUCCUCAAGUUCAUCGCCCGGAACUACCUGGAGGGAUAACUGUUCCCCCUCCUCCAUGUCUUUGAACCCGUGCCACAGAUCCAGAAGAUGAAAGAAGGAAGUAACCAGCCCCUUCGCCCCUUCUCCCCCCAUAGUGACGCAUCUUCGGCCAGGGCUGUGGCACAGACCCCUCCCCGCCCCCCCAGGUUCCUGUUUAUAAAUACGAGGUUCCCUUCCCUGCCCCCACUUCGGCAACCCGCCCUCCCUCUCACCCGUGGCCCACCCUCCCCAGACCCCGUGGGGCUCGCAGGGACAAGGCGACUGAGCUGAGCUGCUUAUUUAUUGACAAUAAACGACAGAAAGUCUG